UGACACGUUCACAAGAGGAAGGCUGCAAACAGAUCUUCAAGGCCAAGGUUUGAAGAGAUUCUGGUUGUUGAGAUUAUGGUUCUUUGAAGGUGCACUUAGCCCACCUUUUGGAUGAAGGAAAGAAGACAAGGAGCUCUAAGACGAGUAAAAAGCUCACUCUAAAUAAUCAUUCAGAAAUGUUUGCUGAUGCCCUGCCAUCCCUGAGUAAUCAACAGAAAACAUGUGUUGGAAAAACACCCAUCAGUGACUUCACAAAAACACCACAGUCAGACAGACAAUCUACAACUUUUCCAGAGGCACGGGGAAAGGUAGAUACAAGUUCAGCUGAGAAAGUCAGAGGCCUGCCUGAUGUAGUUGUUCCUGAGGAAGCAGGCAGCAGUGCAUGGAGGUACCUGGCAGAACGGCGGCAGGAGCGUCACCACGGAGCAGUGACACAAAUGCAGCAGGAGCUGGACUGCAUUGGCAGGGAGAUGGAAGCCUCUGUUUUGAAUCUUCAAGAAUCCCUUCAGCUUGAAGUGAUGAAAUCAGAUGAAAAGAGUAAACUUCUGUUUGAAAAGAUUGCGUCUGACAUGGCUUUGGAAGGUUUCUCCUAUGAAGGUUUAGAAGAACUCUGGAAUAUGAUCCACGAGGAGUCCUCAAACAGAAGGAAGUGGAUUAGGGCAGUGGAUGAAUCCCUAAAGGAGAUUGAAAGGAGUCGAGCCAUGAAAAUAGCAGAUGUACUCACCAAAUAUACUGUGAAACUGGAGGAAAUUUCCUUCUUCUUGGCAGCUGAUGUUCACAGGCUCAUUAAUGAUAAGGCCAUGAAUAUAAACAGAGCACUGCUGGGUAAUGAGAGGGCAACUGCCAAGCUGCUCUUUAAUCUAAUGAAAUCAGAGCUUGAGAAAGAAAAAAUGCAUCAACUGAAAUGGCAAGAGAGAGUCAAGGACUGGAAGCUCAUCCAAAAGAACUGUGUAGUUCGGAGUUUCAGGGAAUUUAUGGCAAGUGAAGAAAUACAGAAUCCCCCAGCUGUGAAAAUGGAAAUGGAAAACAUGAUAAAGGAGCAGAUUGUACUUAGUGAACAGAGAAUGAGGGUUUUGCAGCACAUUGGUGCCUUGUUGCCUCCAGCUCAUACAAAAUCUGACCUAAAUGAAUGGUACAGAACUCUGGAGAAUUUAAACAAAAGUAUAGACAAACAUAAUGCAGAGUGUGUGGAGAAAAUGCAUGUCCAGUAUGAGCUGGUCCAGGAAAAAUGUCAGGAAAAAGUGCAGACCUGCAAGAUGACCCUGUUGGAUAUGAACAUUUGCACAGCAGAAGAUGUUGAAGUUUUGCAUUCCAACAUGCUUCAGAUGACUGAGAAACUAAAAAAUAGGUUUGAAGAAGAACUGGAGCACAUGGAUAGUGAUUUUAAGGAGAUGCCCAAAUGGCAUGAGCAGCACUGUCAAGGCUUGUACAGCUGUGUUCAGGAGGCCAUGGAUAUCUGGGAUGUUCAUCUACUCCAACUUUCCCAGCAGGAAGAUGUACUUCAGAAGAAAGUAGAUGAAUACAGAUUGGAAAAGGAUAACGUACUACAGGUGCUGAAAGAUAAUCUGGAUACAAAUUUGGAAAAAAUGAAAAUGGCCAGCUGUGAAGAAGAGUUGGAGGAAUAUUUGAAGAGUGCCCUUUCUUCUUUAGAUAAAAUUAGAACGAGGAAUGAGACAUUCAAGCAGAUUGUAAUGAAUGAAGUAAUGGCUUAUCCAAAAGCUGUUUUGUGGGAGUUGAUUUCUUACAGUAUAUCCAUCAGCCAGCAUUUUAGUGUGAAGGAAAUCAUCAAAGAGAACUUGCAAGUCACAACAGACUCCACAGUUCAAGAUCAAGAUAAUACCUCAACAGUCCAAGCAGGGCUCGAGGCAAGGACAUCCCAGCCCAGAGCAGAGCAGGAUGAUCACCUCUCUCAACAGCUGCCAGAAGAUAGGGAUAGGGACAGUUGUGAAAAGUCAGCUGGAGAAAUAGAGCUAACAGAGAAACAGGUGAUCUUGGCACAGGAAAUUGAAAAACCAGAAGAAGAAGAAGAAGAAAAGGAGAGUGUUUCUCAUAAAAGUGAAGAAAAUGAGCAUGCAGAACAGGAGCUAAGCAUUACACAGUAAGUGGCCAAGAGCAGUGAGGGGUAAAGUGCUGAAAUUGCCACAGGGGUUUUUCCCACUGCUAGUGGAAACACUUACACUGUUCUUGGACUUGAACAGACAGGAAAAACUAACAUCACAGGGAGUUAUUUUACAAAAUAUGAAGAAGAAGAAUCACUUCCUAUGUACCUGAAAUAUGUGUUUCUCACGGAAGCCAUGUUUGUUGAACUGAAAGAAAGGAUUCGCCUCUGCUUUUUUGAACACUUGGAGAAAUGGUUUGCAGAAUCCUUGUCCAACUCCUUUGUCCUUGUAGCUGCCAAGAAGGAGGAGCUGAAUUCAAUACUCCUGCUGCAUCUUAAGUUGCAUCAACAAAAGCAGGAGGAGAUACAGACAAAUAUCUACAAUGUUCGAGCUGCGGAGCUGUCACUUCACAAAGAGCACCUUGAGUGCCACUGUGCAAUGCUGGCAGAAAGCCUGGAAAGGGAGAAAGCUGAAUUCCUCAGAUUUUCAGACCAGCUACAGAAGCUCAACACAAACUUCCAUUCCCGAGUCCAAACCUUGGAGUAUGACUUGCUCCACGCUCCUGUGACUGAGCAGUCAGCUUCUUCCAGCAAUAAUCUGGAAUCAGAGCUCUACAACCAGCUGGAAUCAAUCAGGGUUACUGUGAGAAGUUACCAGCAGCACUUGGAGGAAGCUUUUGGAAGAUUAAGGGAUUCCAAUGUGGAUUUUCUCAAAAGUUGCAGAUUAUUUUCAGAGAGUGGUAACUUUGCAUCUGAGGAGGUAAAGUUUUUCAAUGAGUGUCUCCAGAAAGAAAGUAAGCAAAUUGACUUGGUUGAAAGUUCAGUCAAGACAGAUGUGGAGCAAAUAAAAUCGAGCUGCUUGAAUCAGGCUACUGAACUUUUCAAGCAGUGUGGAAAAAAGUUUGCUUCUUUGUCUCUGAGCCGAGCCUUUAUGGAGAAGGUCCAUCAAUAUUUGAGAAAGCUACGACAGCAAAUCAAAUCAGAGGUAGCAAAUUCCAAUUUGCAGUCAGUCACAAUAAAGUCUUACCUGGAAAAGAUUCAGCAGAAGAGAGAUGCUUAUGUUCAUUCUACUGCAGAUAAAGAAGCUUUAACUGCUGAAGAGUUGUAUGCUUUUGCCAGAGAGAUGUUGGAAGAGCUGGAAAAGAGGAGCAAGUAUCUUGACUGUUUUGUAGUAAAAACAAAUAUCCCACCUGCCACUGAGGCCCUCAUCACUGCUGGCACAGAUGGGACAUUGCAGGAGCACUCAGCCACUCCUGACGUGGACUGGAGGUCACAAGGUUCCAUUGCUCCUGCUCUUCCAAGAGACAGUCUCAGUUCUGAGAGCAAAAGGAUGGUGAUGGGACUGGAUCCUGACAAAUUCCCUUUGUUAAAUCCAAGUGGAAUGGGCACAUCAAUAUUUGAUGAUUUGGCAAUAAAAGCUAUUGGAAAUUUAGCUGGAUUUGACCCAUCAAAAAAAUACCGAGACCUAAAUCGGGGGAAAAAGAAUCCAGCAAAGAAGAGGGUAUCUGAUGCACAUUCUCAGAAGUCUUCUAGCAAGAGGUCAUCUCGGGAUGAAACCAAGAGAAAAAAAAGUGAAAAAGGCAGAAAAUCUCUUACCAAGGAUGAGAGAUCCCAGAUAUUUGGAAAGAAGCCUCCAGAGUCUGAUACUUUUAAGGGGAUUAUUAUGAAUAUUCUCUGGAAUGGUAACAACACCUUGCUCUGCCUUGGUGAGGAGUUCUAUGGAGACAAGAAGAAUCCUUACUUGGGAAUGCUUGACGAUCUGCCAGACACAUUUGAACAUUGGGCAGAAAUGAUCAGAGUGAAACUACUGUCAUACCAAAGGCAGACAGAUGAUUACUACAAUUUCUGUCUUGGAGAAUUUCAGGAUCAGCUGAAGUGGUUUGAGGAGGAGCUCUCUUCUGUUUCCCAACUGGUUGUGGAAAGUCUUUUAAAAGAACAUGAGCAAAAGCUCAGCUCUUUUACUGGUCAUAUUCAGCAUCUCUUCAACAGACAGCUGAAAGAUUGGGAAGAUAUGAAGACUACGCACCGGAGAAAAUUGCAUUACUCCCUAGGACACCCAAAUAACUGCCUUCAGAUGGAGGCAUUGUGCCAAGAGGAGAUAAAAAGGCAAAAAGAUCAAACUGAUGGUGUUCACCUUAACACAAAGAUGCUGCAGGAUUGUGCUGCUGAGUGUGCUCAGAGCUUUUUUUCUGCACUGGCUGCCCUGACUGAAAAGCUCCUCUUGGACCUAGAUGAUACCAUCACUGUUGAUGAUGUAAAAGUAGCAGGAACUGAAAUACCCCCUGAGAAGAUGCCAACUUUAAUGUGUCGUAAACAGUCUGAACUUCCUCCAGGAACCUCCCGAGUUCAACAGUCAGUCAGACGAGGAAGGAGGUCUUGGCCAGGAAUACCCGAGACUUCUGUUCCUGACACUCCAGACUAUAUUCUUUGCAGAGGAACUGCAUCAGUUUCAACAGCUAAGACUACCCUGGGCCAUCUGGCAGUGGUGGAUGCAAGACAAGCUGCAUACGAGAAAUACAAAAGUAAAGUUGAACAGCUGUUUGCCCAGAUCAAGGAAGAAAGUGCAGCUCAGCUGCUGGCAAUUCAGCGUUGGAGUGAUUGGUGGGAAGAAUCUGUCCGGAAGAUAAAGAGACUCUACAUCUGAGAUCAGUCCCAUUUUGCUGAACUUUGUUGGUGUAAAUUGACAAAUUUGUAUGAAUGUCACUAAUAUUUUUCCUUUUAUCUUAUUAAUCUGUUGCAUUGAAAGAAGCUACAUUUUGCCUUUUUGUUUGUUUUGCCAUGUUACCACUUGUUUCUUCUUAUGCAGUCUUAAUACUACUACUAUGCUCAUCUUUACAUAACCACCUGGCUUGGCUUACAGUAUUGUCUGGUAUUAUGCACAUGUGUUUGUGCACAUGAACCCUCUGUGCAAGGGCACUUAAAGCAUAUUUAUUAGCAGAGUUUACAGGUUUUGUUGCAGUUUUGCCCCUGAGAGCUGGUUUGGUCUGAAAACUACCCAAGGCAUGAAUGAGAAAACUCCCCAAGGUGUGAAAGAGAACCAUCCCUAACAAAGCACCCUUGCAUCAAGGCCCCUGUGCCCAAGCACCUCUGCACAGACACCUCUGAUUGGAGAUGACCAGCUUGAUAAAGAUACACAUUUUAUAUUGUCUUGGUUAAACAAGCUUUGACUUGCCUACCCUUCCCAUUCCUUGCCUAUCCUCUCCUACCUUGUGUUGCCUACCCGUGCCUAUCACUUUCUUUCAUUGCCAUGCCUUCCCUGCCCCUCCGUUGCCUUGCCUUAUCUAUCCCUCUCUUCCCUUCCCUUCCCCUUCUUUGCCUUGCCCUUCUGUUACCCCUUACUUUCCUUGCCAUGCUUUUCUCCUCCCUUGCCCCAGUCUUUCCUCUCCCUUUUCCCUUUUUUGCCUUGUAUUGACUUGCCCUUCCUAUGCCACUCCCUUGCCUGGCUUUACCUUGCCUCUCUGACUGACCCCUCCUUGCCUUUCCCUGCCUCCAUCUUGCCCCUCCCUUGCCUUGCCUCUCUUGUGUUUUCUCACCUUGCCUCUCCAUUGUGUUACCUUGCUUUUCCUUCCUUUGCCCAUCCCUUACCUUGCCCUUCCUCUGCCUUGCCUAUCCUUGUCCCCCAUGACCGCUCUUGCAUUGCCUGCCCUUGCCCCUCCCUUGCCUUACAUUCACUUUCCUUUCUUUGCCCAUCUCAUGCUCCACUCUUGCCUUACUCCUCUCUUUCCUUUCCCUUGUCUUUCCUUGCCUUGCCCCUUCUUUGUCUUUCCCCUCCCUUGCUUUACCUACCCCUCCAUUGCCCUUUCUUGCCUACCUCUCCCUCGUCUUGCUGUCAUUUUCCUUUCAUUGCCCCUCCCUUGCCUUGUCUUGCUUUGCCUCUGCCUUGCCCCUUCUUUCCUCUCUACUGCCUUGCCUUCCUUCCUCCUCCCUCCAUUAUCCUGCCCUUGCUUUCCUUCCUUUGCCUAUCCCUUGCCUGCCUGACCUCCUCCCUUUAUUUCUUUGCCUUGCCUUAACUUGCUGUUGCCUUCCCCCUCACCUUCAUUCUCUUGCCUGCCCUUGCCCUGUUUUGCCCCUCCCUUGUUCGGCUUUUCCUUACCAUACCUUACCUUG